AUGGUUUUACCAACGAAAAACAUCACCAUUGUGUUGCUGCUGUGUUUCUCUGUCUUCCAACUCUUCAACAAUAACCACGUUUAUGGCUCGCCCCUUGAAAAUAGAAGAAGGAAUGUGAGGAGCCCUCAACCACUACCGUACGGGUGCAUCCCCUUCAAACAUCGCCUCUCCUGUCUGAUGGGCAAUGGCAGAAGAAAUUUUGAGAAGAAAGAAAAUGAUCUAAAAACAGAAACCAGAAUACUCCACCCAUCCAAAGCUGAACAUAGAGACAGAAAAAUGAAAACCUCACAGCCAGCAGAUUACAAAAAGAGUGCUGAACACUCCGAUAAAUUCAUUUACGAUACUUGGUCGUACUAA